GCAAAGAGUGCUGCAAUGUUUGUUGAUACAAAUCAAGCAGCAGAUGCGAACGAUUUGGGUGGUGAAUAUGCGAAAGGAUCACACAGAGACGGACGGCUAAUAGCAUCAGAGCGAUCCGCACAAAGUCGACCAUUUCAAACAACUUAUCAAACGUUCAAUGAAAACUUGGAUAAUUCUUCAGAAGAUAUUCUAUUCUCGGAGGAUUCGGCAUCGUUUACUCAGCGAAUCCUUGUCUCCGGUGAUAGCCACAACGACUUCCGUGUAGCACGUCAUUCAACACCAAUCUCAAGAUCAUCACAUCAAGCUGUCACUGUGAACGAAAAGAACGAGUUGACUGGAGCGUCAAGUACCUUACCGUCAGCAAGUUUUGAGCACAGACUUGUUGCGGGUCAGGACUAUACGGAUCUAAAAGCAUUCGGAGGAACACAAAAGAAGCGUAAAGGCCUUUGGCGUUCACGUUUGUCCAUUGCCGAGGCUGGAAAACGUUUACUGUCUCGUCUAGGCCUUAACGGUCGUCGAGCCGCAUCGCUUCGUUCGUUCGAUUCAGCAAGUCUCAUUGAUUCUUCGCUGAUUUCGAAUAGUCACCUCCACAAUCAGAGUACAAAUAAAGACGAUCACACACCGGAGCGUACACUUUCGCUGAUUACAACCGGUCCAAUUCGCGUGAAAAGAUACGUCGAAAACGUUUCAGUUCAUCCAGUUCAACAGCAACUGCCCGAUAAAAAUCAGGUGGUUAGUGAAAUGCCCAUAUCUGAGAUGCCGAAAAAACCAGAAACUGAAACUGAAGACGAAACAAGAGCCAUCGAGCUAUUCAAGGGAGCCAACGGAUUGGGUUUCAAUAUAGUUGGAGGUACGGAUAGUGAGCACAUGCCAGGUGACAACGGUAUAUUCGUAUCGAGAAUUGCGUUAGGGGGUGCUGCCUAUAACGACGGUCGUUUGAAAGAAGGUGAUCGCAUAAUUUCGGUGAAUGGUAUUGGUUUAAGUGGAAAAAGCCACGACGAAGCAGUGUCGGUAUUUCGUCAGAUCAAGCAUUCUGCAAAGCUUAUUAUUGAGCCAGAUGCUGACCGGAAGCUUGUUUCGAAGCCAACGAAUUUCUUGCACGGCACAACUGAAGUAUCGGCAAAGUUGUCAUCGGAAGCGGAGAUUGCGGGUGGACGAAGUGUUCGAAUUGUUAGCACUCCACCGAGUGAAUCUGCUAAAACUGCAAGAUCGAGCUCUGAACGAACAAUGACCACGGCCGAGCCACAGAGAGUCGUGUUGGCUUCCAAUGGCUAUCCAGCGUUGUCGGUGUCAAGCAUUCACAGCGAUGACAGCGGCACUUUGAGGACGGCUACAUCACCCUUCUUAUCAUCUCGACUUCAUACGGGUGUAACAGAUGUAAAUACGGCUAAAUACUUGGAGACCGAAAUUGGUGGUAGUUUGAAGCCGAGCAGUGGAGUUGGGCUGGUUGAUAACAGUGAGAAUGAUGAUGGUGCUUCGACGACAAGCGCUGCGCCGAGCACGCAUUCGAUUAUAGACGAUGUACCGAGAACACCCAAAAAACCCAUCAGUAUAUUGGAUCCCGCAAGCCCAUCGAUGUUGACCGAAGCAUUGUUCGUAUCAGUCGGGAUAGCUGCGAUAAGCAUUGGUGCGUAUGCCAUAUAUCAGUUUGUUAAACGUCGAUAA